CCAAGCAAUAGCCAAAUUGAGGAUUACGGUAAUGAUAUGAUAUCACUUCUUCACCUUCCCGCGAGACGAAGCCCUAACUUCCCUCUCUUUCUUUUUUUCAUUCACACAAAUACCUCAACGGCGCAAACCAAAUGUCACGUCGUGAAGCUCGGGAAUCCGAUUCCAAGCGCCACCGUUCCCGAUUUGAUAGAGAACCCAGUCCCAAGAGGUCAAAGAGGGACAGGAAAACAUUAGAGGAGAAGUUAUCUAGAAACUCUAGUUCUCUUGUUGAAGAUAAUAAAGAUCGGGAUCAGAAACAUGAGCUUCGUCUUGUGGGGCAAGACAUGAUACCGCAUGAGUCUUCAUUAGCACUUGAGUCUAAACCAGAAGGUGGAGCUGGCACAGGAGCAAACAGGAACAGUGAUGGGAGAGAUGGAGGGACUAAACAUUCAGUGAAUCCCAAUGAAGUGCCACGAUCAAGAUCUUAUUUUCAGCACGAUGAACGCAGUAAUGCCGGGCAAGUUGGUCGAAGCUUUGGUCGGAGUACAACUAGUGAGCGUGGUUGGUGGAAGGAUUCAAAGGAUCCAGAUAAGGAUAUUGAUAGGAAGACAAUAACUUAUAAGUCACAGCAAAGAGAUGAGAAAUCACAAGCUGCGAGAGAGGAUAGGCACCAUGAAGGGUCGUCGAAACUGGAGGUUGAUGCACUUACUCCUGCUCGGAAAAGGCCUGCAUUUAGGGAGAAGAAGAUUACAGUAGACAAUGAAGAUGGUGAGAAAGUGGCAAUGGUACCAGAGAGUAAGAAAUCAAGUGAUAUGCACCAGAUUCAGGAGGGAAGGGAACGAAGAGAAGAAAGAGGCCGCGACACCCGCUAUUCUGAAAAACUUAAUAAUAAGCAUGCCAAUGGAGACAUGGCUUCCAAAAGGGAUGAAAUGAAGAGAGUCGGCUAUCCAGUGAGAGAAAGAUAUGGCAAUGGAAGUGGUGGUGGAAAUUACAGGGGAAGGGACAGAUUCGGUGGGCGGCAAGGAUAUCGAACCAGUGGUACCCGUGUAGAGAAAUGGAAGCAUGACCUGUUUCACGAAGCUAACCGGAGUCCAACCCCAAAGAAUGAAGAGGAUCAAAUUGCCAAGGUUGAAGCUCUUCUUUCUUCGUAGAUUGGAAUUGGCCAACGAUGCCAUCUGAUUUUAUUGAGUCUUUAGUGAAUACGCAUUUGACAAAAAUAUUCUCAAGCCUAGUGCAUUUGAAAUGACGUAGCUUUUGUUAUGUUUUUCUAUGACAUCAUCUCCUUUUUGUUCUCUUGCUUCUUGUUUGGUACAUCUCAAUGUAAUUGAAUUGCCGUAUUCUACAACCCAAAUUAGUAUUUCAUUAGAACGUUGGUUGACUUUGAGUUCA